AUGGGCAGUGCGGAUUGGCCUGGUUCGGUACAUGACUCUACCAUAUUCGAUAAUUCAUUAAUAAGAGCACAAUUCGAAAACCAUAAAUUUGGAGAUGCUCUACUUCUAGGUGAUGGAGGCUACGCAUGUAGGAACUAUUUGAUGACCCCUCUUGCUAAUCCAAUUACCGAAGCAAAAAAACGUUAUCAGAAAGCCCAAAUUGGUACCAGAAAUGUUAUAGAACGAAUAUUUGGUGUGUGGAAAAGGCGGUUCCCUGUAUUAUCUGUUGGUGUUCGGACACAAAUACCAACUACUUUGCUCACAAUUAUCGCUACGGCAGUGUUACAUAAUAUGUUGAUUAAAGCUAAUGACCCCUUACCUAUAGAUGACACUCUGCUUAAUGAAAAUGUGCUUCAACAAGUUCCAGUUUACCCUGUUCAACAAACUGGAAAUAUAGCACGCCGAAAAUUAAUUGAUACUAUAUUUAAUUAA